AUGGUAGCGAAACGCAAGGCAGACAGCUUGGCAGACUCUGGCAGGGAGAAGAUUGUCAAAUUGGAAGCAGAGCUCGAAAAUGGACAGUCGUCACUCAACAAUAUCGUCCAUUUGCUUGACUUGGCGGCGUCCGAUGAUUUAGACACCCUUGAGCAGGCGCAGCGAUCGCUAUACAAGGUAUUUAAGCGACUCAUAUCUUUAAAGAAGCUCGAAAAGCCAGCGGGAGAAGUGCCGACAAUUGUGACGUGGCUACGCGAGCGCUACGGAGAAUAUACGCGACUCUUACUCGACUCCAUCAACCACAAGAAGGCAUCUGUCCAGCUUGCUGCCAUUACACUUUCUUUGCGCUUGCUCAAAGUGGAUCCAUUGAAUGCAAAUGUUGGUCAAUUUCCUGUCGAUGCGUAUGGCAAGAUUGUGCGCGCCAUUCUAACGGCCUCGAAUUUGCAUGAAUCAACCAGAUACACGUUUCGCAACGAUUAUCUUGAGCCGUUCGAUGAUCUAAGGUACUACUUUUAUCGUGCUUGUGAGCAAACUGUGCAAGCGACAAAAACGCGCGGCUCUAAGCUCCAUGUCUGCCGUGACAAUAGCAUUGGGCUACUUUCGGCACUCGUCUCGUUUCCUGACAAGGACGAGGAGAUUGUCAAGUUUUGGCUCUCAGAGUCGACUACUAAGUCUAGCCUACGGACAGUCUCUGGGCAUAAAAAGGCCUUUAGUGAAGCUUGGAUCGCCGUACUCAGUUUCAAGCUGACUGAAGAUCAGUACAAGGCCAUCCUCAACAUGAUGCACAAACGUAUCAUUCCCAGGUUGCCCAGACCGCAGCUGCUCAUGGACUUUUUGACAGAUUCGUAUGAUGUUGGUGGCGCCACUUCGCUCUUGGCGCUCAACGGACUCUUCUACCUGAUGCAACACCACAACUUGGACUAUCCCAAGUUCUUUGAAAAGCUCUAUGCCCUGUUUGACGCACAAACAAUGCAUGUGCGCUAUCGAUCGCGCUUCUUUCGCAUGGUCGACAUUUUCCUCAAUUCGACGCACGUCUCUGCCAUGCUCAUUGCCAGCUUUCUGAAGCGCAUGUCCAGGCUGAGUCUGUCUGCGCCUCCAGCGGCGAUUGUCACGAUUUUGCCAUUGACGUACAAUCUGCUGAAACAGCACCCGUCACUCAUGCCGCUCAUUCACAACCCGGAUGGAGCGGCAGGCAACGAUCCAUUUGAUGCAGACGAGACGGAUCCGGAAAAGACGGGGGCUAUGCAAUCUUCACUAUGGGAAUUGCAGUCGCACACCAUGCACUACCACCCGAAUGUUGCGACGUUGGCCAAGAUUUUGAGUGAGCAAUUUACAAAGAUUGGAUACAAUCUUGAAGAUUUUUUGGAUCAUUCUUAUACAACCAUGACGGAUGCCGAGAUGCGUAAGCGGCUGAAGAAUCAAGUGCCCACGGCGACGGACAAGCCUGCGGGUUUGCUCAGCCCUGAAGGGAUUCUUAUUUGGUAG